GGUGCGCGCAAGCUCCCUGGCUGCCUUUCCGCGGCUGCUCUUCUUCUGAGCAGAGACAGAGAGGAAGCAAGGCAGAGGAAGGAAGCGCGAUCGCAAGAGACGGCCGGCAGCAAGGCAGGCAGGCAAGCGGAGUUGUGGCUGUGCGGGCAGGCGGCGCGGGGCGCAUGGAGCCGUGGAAGCAGUGCGCCCACUGGCUGAUCCAGUGCCGGGUGCUGCCCCCGAACCACCGGGUGACCUGGGAGGCGGCGCAGGUGUUCGACCUGGCCCAGACCCUCCGCGAUGGCGUCCUCCUCUGCCAGCUCCUCAACAACCUGCGCCCACGCUCCAUCAACCUCAAGGAGAUCAACCUGAGGCCGCAGAUGUCCCAGUUUCUCUGUUUGAAGAAUAUAAGAACAUUCCUUUCAGCCUGUUGUGAGACAUUUGGGAUGAAGAAGAGUGAACUUUUUGAAGCAUUUGACCUGUUUGAUGUCCGCGAUUUUGGAAAGGUUAUAGAAACAUUAUCCAAGCUUUCUCGCACGUCUGUUGCAUUAGCCACUGGAAUAAGGCCAUUUCCUACAGAAGAAAGUGUGAAUGAUGAAGACAUAUACAAAGGUCUCCCAGAUUUACUAGAUGAAACCGGUGUAGAUGAAGAUGAAGAUCUUUAUGAUUGUGUUUAUGGGGAAGAUGAAGGCGGAGAAGUUUAUGAAGACCUAAUGAAAGCAGAAGCUGCCCAUCAGCCUAAAUGUCCUGAAAAUGAUAUAAGAAGCUGCUGCCUUUCUGAAAUAAAGCAGACUGAAGAGAAGUACACUGAAACUUUAGAAUCUAUAGAAAAGUUUUUUAUGGUUCCACUAAAGAGGUUUCUGACAACAUCAGAAUUUGAGACAGUGUUCAUCAACAUUCCCGAUUUGGUGAAAAUUCAUAGAAAUUUAACACAUGACAUUCAUGAAGCCAUUGCAAACAAAGGUGACCAGAACCUGUAUCAAGUUUUUAUUUGCUAUAAAGAAAGAUUGGUUAUUUAUGGGCUGUACUGCAGCCAAGUAGAGACGGCCAUAUCUUGUUUAGACAAUAUCUCCAAGACGAAAGAAGAUGUUAAGCUGAAACUAGAGGAAUGUUCCAAAAGAGCCAAUAAUGGGAAGUUUACACUGAGGGAUCUUCUUGUAGUUCCAAUGCAGAGAGUCCUGAAAUACCACCUACUCCUUCAGGAGCUGGUAAAACACACUAGUGACCUUACUGAGAAGGCAAAUCUGAAACUUGCACUAGAUGCUAUGAAGGAUCUUGCACAGUAUGUAAAUGAAGUAAAGAGGGACAACGAAACUCUCCGUGAAAUUAAACAGUUUCAGUCCUCAAUAGAGAAUAUGAACCAGUCACUUUUACUCUAUGGAAGACCACAGGGUGAUGGCGAAAUAAGGAUAACAACUUUGGACAAACGGGCGAGGCAAGAUAGGCAUAUCUUUCUAUUUGACCUGGCUGUAAUUGUUUGCAAACGGCGGGGUGAUAAUUAUGAAAUGAAGGACAUCAUUGAUCUUCAGGAAUACAAAAUAACCAACAAUCCCACCACAGAUAAAGAAAACAAAAAGUGGUCUUACGGCUUCUACCUCAUCCACAUACAAGGACAAAAUGGGCUGGAACUGUACUGCAAAACGAAAGACCUGAAGAAAAAGUGGCUCGAGCAAUUUGAAAUGGCACUAUCCAACAUAAGGCCACAUUAUUCUGAAACAAGUAGCCAUGACUUCAAAAUGCAUACCUUCACUCGCGUCACGUCCUGCAAAGUCUGUCAGAUGCUUCUGAGGGGGACAUUCUAUCAAGGCUAUUUAUGUUCAAAAUGUGGAGCUGGAGUUCACAAAGAAUGCCUGGGAAGACUAGAGCAUUGUGGCAGGGCUAAUUUUGGUGAACACGGGACCCUGAAGCAUGAGAAACGACCGAAUGGACUUCGAAAGAGCUCCAGGCACAUGGAUCCAGGUUUACCAAAAAUGCAAGUAAUUAGACACUAUAAUGGGGUACCACAACCAAGUCCACACGAUGGCCCUCCGCUACAUAUCCAGGUUGGAGACAUCAUUGAACUCAUCAAAGGAGAUGCACACAGCUUAUUUUGGCAGGGUAGAAAUUUGGUGACCCGGGAGCUUGGUUUUUUCCCAAGUGAUGCUGUAAAACCUUGCCCAUGUGUUCCUAAACCUGUGGACUACUCUUCCCAAACAUGGUAUGCAGGAACAAUGGAAAGGCUUCAAGCAGAGACUGAACUUAUUAACCGAGUAAAUAGCACAUAUUUAGUGCGUUGUAGGACAAAAGAAUCGGGUGAAUACGCCAUUAGCAUUAAGUACAAUAACGAAGUGAAACACAUCAAGAUUUUCACAAGAGAAUGCUUUUUUCACAUUGCAGAAAAUAGGAAAUUUAGAAGUUUAAUGGAACUUGUGGAGUAUUACAAGCAUCAUUCCCUCAAAGAAGGCUUCAGAAGUUUGGAUACAACUCUUCAGUACCCAUACAAAGAAUGUGAAAAUUUGCUUGACCAAAGGAGUAACAGAGCAAGUAGCAACUCCCCUUCUUUGUUCUGUGGGUUUUCUUUUGUAACUUCUCCAGACUACAGCUUUGUUCCCCCUUCCUCUACUCCUUUCUGGUCAGUGCUGAGUCCCAAGGUCCUUGGUAUCGCUAUUGCCCGCUAUGACUUCUGUGCAAGAGACAUGCGUGAGUUGUCCCUACUCAAAGGAGAUGUUGUUAAAAUUUACACAAAGAUUAGUGCCAAUGGCUGGUGGAGAGGUGAAGUAAAUGGAAGGGUGGGUUGGUUUCCAUCGACUUACGUAGAAGAGGAUGAAUGACUUGCAGAUCAAGUUGGUACUUUUGAUGAUAAACUUCAGGGACAAUGAAACCCAGCCAUCUGCAGCGCAUUAUUCAUCUCCUUAAGUGUUUGAACUGCAGCGCUUCUGUCUGUCGAAACCCUCAAGUCUUAACACUGGGAUUACUGAAGAAGUUUGUGUUGACAGAUUAAUAUCUCACUCAGAGCUGUGCAAAGAAGCAACCUGUCCACAGGCCAUCACUGGGGACCAGUACAAAACUCUAACCUCACCUUCCUGAAAUAUCACUUAAAAACAGACUUGUUUUUCUUUUUCUUUUUUUAAAAGCUUCAUUUCAUUCCAUCUGCAAUGAAUACUAAGCAUAGGUAGCAGUUUACUCACCCCUUUUUCUGUCUCUCUCUUUCACACCCCCUCCCUGUUCGUUUGUCCUGUUACCUAACAUUAGGAGCUUUCUCUGUUGUUGCUUACUACUGCCUGGGGGACGGGGGUGUUUGAGCAUUCCAGUAGUCACGUGGCCAAUAUUAUUUGUCUUGAAAUCCCCAGCAGCACUAAUUAACCUUGCCAACGACUGCACAUUCACCACGGCUGCAAUCUUUUUUUAAAAAAAAAUCUGUGGCUAAGCUUAACUCAACAUUAUUUUUGCAUGUCAUUUCUGUGUGUCGAGGUACGGAUACAAAGGAACGUAGAGUUUGUUCAAGGAGAAUUUUAACUGGCUUGUCUCAGAGUUUUGCUGAAAGGAUUUGUGAAAGAACAACCUUGAAAAGAUGAAUUGAGUCCUGGGAAAAAAAUUAUUUACAAUUUAAGGUCUCAGAUAUGGGUUAUUCCUUAUAGGACAGAAGCUGCUGUGUGUUUAGAAGAUGUGCUACGGUUUCAUCGAUAUAUAGCCUGAAGCACAACUUUAUUCAGUUCCCCAGCCAUUUCUAAACUUCUUCUAAUGUGCAAGCUGUGUCCCCUCUUGCCUUCACAGCUCAGUGGGACCAGUCGUUGCAUAAAGUCAUGUUAUGUAGUUAUUUAAACAAGGUAAUAUCAUUAAAUACAAAAGGCAAUUCAAAUGACUAAUGUUGCAGAUACAGGCACAUCUCCCAGGAAAUGAAGUGUACUUUAUUUCUUAGGCAAAUGGUCAUUUUCUCUGGCUUGUAUCACUGAAUGAAGUCAAUUACUCUUUUAAGCACUACCAAAAAUAA